AUGGCGGUGAACGGAUUCUACUUCGACCCUACCAAGACCCACAUGGACAGGGUGGGGUGUUUUACGUGCAAGGUGAAGGAGUUUGGUUGGUCUCCGGGAGAGACAGAUCCGCCUGCGGUGCGACAUUUGCGCAGUUCGCCAGACUGCGUAUUUUCGAACAUUCUGGGCGCGCGACAUCAACACGAAACCGACCAUCUUUCUUGGGACGAGCACGAGACGUUUGCCGAUCUGAAGGAAUCGGCGCAGAUCCGCCUGAAAACGUUCAAGCUGGCCAACUGGCCGCACGAAAGAAACAAAAAAAUGCCCUCCAGCACAGAACUGGCGGAAAACGGGUUCUACUACUCGGCUUACGAAAAGGGAGACGACACAACAACUUGCAUGUACUGCGGAACCAGUCUCGAGGGCUGGGAAGAAGGCGACGACGUGGCUGCAGAACACAAGAAACGCACACCCGACUGCUACGUCUUUAGCGGACGACGUCGCACGGGGGUGUAUUCGCGUCGAAAUAGCGUUGUUGCCUCGAACGUGAUUGAGAUCUCUGAUACCUCGAUCGAACAGAUACAGGAGAAGCAGGAGACAGAAGUUGUGGAACCGGAAAAGACAGUUACAGAAACGAAGGUCGAUGAACAGCCUCUCCAGAUUGAUUUACAAGAACCAGAAUCUGUUGAGGCACCACAGGUGAUUCCAGAAGUGGUUCCGGAGACGCAAGUGGAGGAUAUUCUAAUGGACUCUGACGAGCCACCGCGAGAGAAUCCAGAGCCCGAGCACCCACAGAUCGAUAGUGUCAGACUAGAGGAAGAGGUCGUGGACGAUGAUAGCUUGGAGGCUGCUGCUGAUCCUGUUGAGAUCCCGAUGUCGACUCUAAAUGAGCUUGAGGAUCUGUUCUUUGUGGAGGACUCGCGCAGAUCGUCUACUUUUUUCAACCGUUCGCGUCCUUCGACAGGAGGAAAUGCCUCGUAUGUGGAACGACAACCUAUUCCAUCCGAGCCUCUCAAGGAGGUUCCCGAGGAGAUUCCAGAGGAGGCUCAGGAACAGCCAAUUGCGUCCGACCAGAUCGUUCCAGACUACGCAGAGCCAGAGAUGGUUGUUCCCGACAGCCAAAGUUUCCACAUGGGACUGGACGAGUCGCUAAGAGAAAUGAAACAGAUCGACCCGUUGAAUCCUGUUGAAGAAAUGGACAUGCUAGACGAAAGUACCAGAGACGACAUCAAAGUGAAGGACACAGUGGACAGUCAAGCAGAAAUUCAAGAGGAAAAGGUUGUUGAAACUGUUAACAGUCCGGAGAAAGUCGUUGUUCCACAGGAGGAGUCCGCGGAGAGCACAUCCAAGAAGCGCAAGAGAGACGGGAAAGUUUCGAAGAAGCACAAGAAGAGAAGGAAGGAGGCAAAGGAGAAUGAGAAAAAGGAAGCAAAGGAGAAGGAAAGAGAAAAGAAGAGGAAACGUAGAGAGAAGAAACACAGGAAACAAAGAAAGCAUCUCAAAGAAACUUCUGUUGGUCAAAUCCCAGAUCAGGAUACUCUGGUCGCAUCUUUGCCUGGAGCACGCGAUUCUAAUAUUGACAUGGUUGAGAGAUCGGUUGAGACGAAGAAUUAUGUUGAGGAGUUAGUGGAAACCGACUUCUCUGCAGCAGAGUCCGAGCCUGAAGUGGACGACAAGAUGGAGAGCAUUGAGGAACAGCCGGAAAUUGAAGAGGAACAAGAACAAGAAAAGCCAAAAGAAAUUACCAAGGAAUCUAUUUCUGUUGCGGACGCGACUCAAGAGUCUGCAAAACAGGUUGUUCAGGACGAAGAUGAGGACGAUGUCGUGUUGGACAAGGACUUGCAAAGCAUGAUUCCACAGCCUUCGGAAAGCCAUUCUGUUUCUCCAUCCAACCAGAACUCCAAGUCCGACACGCGCUCGCAUUACCGUGUGUUUGAAGGUCGUGUUGUUUCCUCCGAUGAUCCUCUCUCGUUUGGAAGAAAGCGUGGACGGAGAGCAAAGAAAAUCAGAGAUACCACAAGCAGUGGAAGCAAGGAAGUUUCGCCAGAGACUGACAAGGUCGGAAAGAGUCCGGUUGCGCGCGAGCAACCGGAACUCAUUGAAAAAGUCACUACGACAGCCAUCGAGAAGCCCGCCACCAAGGACGUUGCUUUGUACGAGCGCGAAAUCUUUAAUGAAAAGCCUGAGGUGUAUGAAGACGAGGCUCCACAGGUCAUGUAUCGGGAACUAUCUCCUGAAAAGUCCGUGGCACAAACAAUUGCGUCUUCUCCUAUCAGAAGGGAGCCAGAAAGCCAAGUGGAGAAAGAGAAUUUGCCAAGCCCAGCCAAAUUGGAGAAGAGUCCAGCACACGGAAUCUCGUUUGCUGCGGAACAACUUUCUGGCAACCAGAGCACGCCAGAGGUCAAACGGAAGUCUUUCCAAUGGGAGCCAAUCAAACAACAAUCGUAUAGCGAAGAGCUUGAAGAAGCUAUCGAAUAUACGAAAGAACUGUUAGAUUGCGAUUACCAAUCGUUGAACGACGACUUGGAAGGCAAGUUGACCAACUUUGUUGCCGAGAUGCCUGAAGAAGAGCUGGAGAUGACAAUCAAGCAAUGGAUCAAUUACCAGGCCGAACAAGCAUCAAGGGCGGUUCUUGGAAAGACAGAAGAAAUGAUCAAGAAUUUCCGUGUGGACUCGGCCCGGGCCCUGGCUGCCCUGGAGGCGCUUCCGGUGGCCGAGGACAACGACGAGGACGUGAUUUUUUAG